UCAUUUUGAAUAUUUGAAAGCCAGGCUAGUGAAACCGUGCCUGCGCGUCGAACCUCAUUGCCAUCUAACACUCGCAUUUCCCCCCUACAUCCUGUGCAACAAUGGCAAUCCCACGUACCGGCAGUGGGCUAUCCCAUCUAAUAGCCUCCUCGUCUACUCGAUUAAGCAUACGCCGGUCUUUCACCUCAUCAUCAAGCCUAGCUGCCUUUGUAAACAGCAACGCGCGCUCCGCCGCAGCACCAUCAUCCGCCGCCACCACUGCUACCACCGCAGCUCCAAAACCCACAAUCAAUGCCGCAGCCCGGCCAGCGAGCGCCACUCCUUCUACUACGGCAGCAAAGCCUCCCGUCGCAUCCACUCAACAACGAACUGUAACCCCUUCUUUCCCAGCCAAAGAACCCCCCGUGCCAACCACCCGCACCAACACCCUCGACUCCUCCACCGCCGCGGCGCGCAAACAACGCUCGCUCACAGAGGGCCUUGCGGACCAUCUCCCCGAGCAGCAGGGCGUACCGGCCAUCGACUGGACCCGGUCGUAUCACGGGCUCGGUGGCGGAGCGUUCACGACGGAGCAGCAGGAGGUCUUGCUCGCACCUAUCCAACAAGAUGAUGUCGAGGUGAAACCCGAUGGCCUUCUUUAUCUGCCCGAGAUCAAGUACCGACGGAUUUUGAACAAGGCGUUUGGGCCUGGUGGGUGGGGAUUAGCGCCUCGCGGAGAGAGUAUCGUAACUGGGAAGCUGGUCACCAGGGAGUACGGGCUUAUCGUUCAGGGGAGGCUCAUUUCUAUUGCUCGUGGCGAGCAACAGUAUUUUGAUCCGGACGGUAUCCCGACUGCCACUGAAGGCUGCAAAUCGAACGCGCUGAUGCGCUGCUGUAAGGAUCUGGGAAUCGCCUCGGAACUCUGGGAUCCACGGUUCAUCAGGCAGUUUACAAAGGAUAUGACCAAGGAGGUGUGGGUCGAGCACGUCACGACAAAGAAGAAGAAGAAGGUCGUUUUAAGGAAAGAUGAUUCGGUAAGAUACCCGUUUAAAGAGACCAGAUAG